UCCGAAGAGUUCCGGCCGCCGUCCAGCCCACCCGACUGUCAGCGAUGUUCUAUUUCCACUGUCCGCCCCAGCUGGAGGGCACGGCACCCUUCGGCAGCCACUCGACAGGGGAUUUUGACGAUGGGUUUCUACGGAGGAAGCAGCGGCGGAACCGGACAACGUUCACGCUCCAGCAGCUGGAAGCUCUUGAGGCGGUCUUCGCCCAGACACACUACCCUGAUGUCUUCACGCGCGAAGAGCUGGCCAUGAAGAUCAACCUCACCGAAGCCCGCGUGCAGGUCUGGUUCCAGAACAGAAGGGCCAAAUGGAGGAAGACGGAGAGGGGGGCCUCGGACCAGGAACCGGGCGCCAAGGAGCCCAUGGCUGAGGUACAGCCGCCGCCACCCGUGAGAAACAUCAACUCCCCGCCCCCUGGCGACCCCCAGGCCCGCAGCAAGAAGGAGGCCUUGGAGGCCCAGCAGAGCCUGGGACGGACGGUGGGCCCUGCAGGCCCCUUCUUCCCUUCCUGCCUGCCGGGGACCCUCCUGAACACGGCUACAUACGCCCAAGCCUUGUCACACGUGGCCUCCCUGAAGGGAGGCCCGCUGUGCUCCUGCUGCGUGCCCGACCCCAUGGGGCUCUCCUUCCUCCCCACCUACGGCUGUCAGAGCAACCGCACGGCCAGUGUGGCCGCCCUGCGCAUGAAGGCCCGGGAGCACUCGGAAGCUGUCUUGCAGUCGGCCAACCUUCUGCCGCCCGCCAGCAGCAGCAGCAGUAGCAGCAGCGGCGGCAGCAACAGCAGCAGCAGCCCCGGCCCCGCCGCCAAGCCUGCACCCCCCGACGGCGGCCAGGACAAGAGCCUUCCCAGGAAGGAACAGAGCGAGGGAGAGAAGAGCCUAUGAGGGUGCCGCGUGCCUGACCACCGCGACCCCGGCGCACCCGCCCCCUGUCCCUCCCAGCCUCAGCCCCUGUGGAAAGCUGUCUCAUCCUCCCUCGAGGAAACGCUUGCGUGGACCGGGGGCGCGGGGCUGGAGUUCAGCCAGGGACUGAGCUGCUCUGGCUUGCUGAAUGACAAGUGUGCUGAGGGCCCUGUGGCUCCCAUCCAGACACCUGCAAGAGAAGAGAACUGCUCAUCCAA